UGUGACUGAAUCCCCCUUCCCCUCAAGCCCGCGACUUCAGUCAACUCUCCAUCUCGAUCCGACAAGUUACACAUCACCAGCAGCCAUGGGUAAGGUUCACGGAUCUCUCGCCCGUGCGGGUAAGGUUAAGUCUGCGACUCCUAAGGUCGAGCCCCAGGAGAAGAAGAAGCUCCCCAAGGGCCGUGCCAUGAAGCGUCUCAAGUACACUCGUCGUUUCGUCAACGUUACCAUGACCGGUGGCAAGCGAAAGAUGAACCCCAACCCUGGAAACUAAAUGCCUAGCUUGGGGGGAAACUGGUAAUCAGAAAGACGGCGGCGAAAUUACGAUGACGACCACGAAAGAAAAAGCAAAGGAAAAGCAAGGCCAGGGCGAUCCAGAUCACGGUCGCCCUCUCGCCAGCGAAAAGUGAUCCAAAACCGACGUGGACGGCUUGAGAUUCAACCCGAGAGGAGGAAACGAUAUCCCGGACUUGGCUUGGGUUGGACAUGGGAACGGGGUGGUUUUACUUUUCAUGGCUAGUUAUUUGGGCUUGAGCACAAUAUCAUCAUCAAAUGCGACCUCCUCCUUACUGGGAAUUUCAAAAAUAUGUCUUUCUACUGUUGUUUCGAGCCUUGUUU